AUGCUUGCAUCAAUAUCAUCCCUUUAUACCCAAUCCUGGUUAACUAACUUUAUUUGUCGCAGUUUGGUUCAUCAUAUCUUAGUUAUUUAUCUUUUGUCUGUAAAUAUCGGGGCAUAUAUGCUCAUGCAAAUGGAAGAAAGCAACAACUCAGGCGUGGUGGAUUUCCCUGACAACUUUAUGGACCAACUCUUGUGGGAGGAGUGCAGGUGAGAAGAGGAGAAGGUAUCGUUAUGGUCAUCAUUAGGGUUGAAGGAGAGAGUUACUUGCGCCAUGGGGCACCUGCAAGAGGUGAUGGGAGGAGAGAAGGAGUUGCUGAUUCAGCUGUGGGUUCCUGUGGAGAGAGGGAGGAGAAGAGUGCUAAGCACGGAAGAGCAGCCUUACUCGCUCAACCUCUUCUCCCAGAGCCAGAGCCAGAGCCAGAGCUUGGCCCUCUACGGAGACAUCUCAGCAGGCUACAGCUUUGCAGCAGAGGUUGGGUCUGACCAGCUGGUGGGACUCCCUGGGGGUGUGUUCCUGAAUAGGAUGCCUGAGUGGACUCCAGAUGUUCGCUUCUUCAGGAGUGAGGAGUACCUUCGCAUCGGAUACGCCCACAGGUACCAGGUUCGAGCUUCCCUCGCUCUUCCACUCUUCCAAGGGCCUUCUGGAACCUGCAUGGGGGUGUUGGAGAUGAUCACCACUCACCCCAGCUUGGAGUAUGGCUCCCAACUUCAAACCAUCCGCCAUGCCCUUCAGGCCUUUGAUCUCCGGAGUUCAGAAACCUCCAUCGUCCCAACCUCUCUCAAGCCCCACACCGACGACCUUCACCGAGAGGUGGCCUCGAUUCUCAAAGGCAUCUGCAUCUCAUACGGACUCCCGCUAGCUAUUACGUGGGGACACCAACAAGACUCGUGCCUUUCUGCGAUAGUCUCUGCCUGUUACCCCUCUGACCAGAACAGUCACAGCUUCCUGGACGCCUGCUCGGAGCACCAUCUUCUUGCCAAGGAAGGAAUCGCUGGAAGAGCCUUUGCCACCAAGAAACAGUAUUUCGCAAAAGAUGUGGCAAUCCUCUCCCACUACGCUAAGAUGUUCGACCUCCACGCUGCUCUUGCCAUCCCUCUCCUGACCAGAUGCAGCCGCAACGUCCAAUUUGUUAUUGAGUUCUUCUUCCCCAGAGACUACUGUCUUAUUAAUCAGAGGCCGAGGAUCGCCACCCAACUCAGCCUACGCUUCCAGAGCUCACCUCAUCUGAUGGUAGACGACGACCAGCUCGCAGAAGAAGUCACGGCUAGCGAACAGCUUGUAGCAGAGUGCAUGUCACGCAAGGGUAAGGGAAAAGAUGUGUCUGUCUCUUGGGAGAUGAGAGAACCUUCUUUCUCUUCUUCUUCUUCUUCUUAUUUGGAAAGCAGAAAGCGGAAAAGAAGGGAUGAAAAGGAUAUCACUUUAGAUAUUCUCAGACAACACUUUGCUGGCAGCCUCAAGGACGCCGCUAAAAACAUUGGUGUAUGUCCGACGACCUUGAAGAGGAUCUGCAGACAACACGGAAUCUCAAGGUGGCCAUCGAGGAAGAUCAAGAAAGUGGGGCACUCUCUUCGGAAACUGCAGGUGGUGAUGGACUCUGUUGAAGGAGUUCAAGGCUCUCACCAUCUUGCCUCCUUCUACUCAAGCUUCCCUCAACUCCAGUCUCCUUUGCAGCUUGAUCCUACCAAAAGUGUCGCAAAGUCACCGCCGCCUUCUUCUUCUUCUUCUUCAUCAGGUUCGAGCACAUGUUGCUCCUCCGAAGAGAAACAACUAGGUGGUGGCUUCCACAAACCAUCAUCUCAAGUACUUCUUACCUUAAGCAGCAGCCUGAUGAAGGAUGAGCAGAGGCCCGUACGUGCCACGUCAUCCCUACCCCCAUUGCCAUCCGCAAGGAAAGCAAAGGACGACGGAAUGAAAGUGAAUGCCAUGUUUGGUGAUGCCAAGAUGAGAAUGAGGUUGAAACACCACUGGGGAAUCGCAGACCUUAGAAGAGAGAUCGCAAAGGGGUUUGGGAUGGAUGGUGAUGCUUUGACAAGUAACUUCAGUCUCAAGUAUAUGGACGAUGAUGAAGAAUGGGUUCUGUUGACGUGCGACGCUGAUCUUGAGGAGUGCAUACAAAUCUACAAGUCCUCUCUUUAUAAAGAGACCGUCAGAAUAUCUGUCUCUUCCUUGCUUUGAUUUUUUGUCUUAAGGCCAAUUCCAUCUAAUUACAUUGGCUUGGUUUGUCAAUCUUUUUUUUCUGUUUGAUCUGAAUGUAUUAAUUAGUUAUUGGCAUCUUGUAAUC